UCCGGAGGGACGCCAGCAGCCGGGGCUGCACCCGUGUUACCGCCUCCCAGCAUCGCCCCCAUCCCUGCCUCUAGGAGGAGCAGAAAGUGGGGGGCUGCGGGUCGGAAGCCCCUGCUAGCCCAGCGCCCUGGUGGUCGGGAAGCGAGAAGCGCCGCGGAACGCGGAGAUGGCCGAUGAGGUUGACUGGCUGGACUUGCCCGGCCGGUGGACCUACGGAGUUGACCGCGGUGGGAGAAUCUUCUUCAUCAAUGAUGAGGAAAAGUCCACCAGCUGGGUUCACCCUGGUACAGAAUCACCCAUCCAGAGUGGAUAUUGCUUCAGCCCAGGUUUGCCCAAGGGCUGGGAGAUGGAUUGCACCCGGGAAGGAGCUGUGUAUUUCAUCAACUUUCUUCACAAGUUCUCCCAAGUCCUUCCCUCUCCAGAUCUCACUCGUCCGCUCCGGGAUGUCAGAGGAGGUCACAGUGGUUGUCUUCAGUCCAGCGGGGGAGGACGACAAGGACUCUCCGCAGGCAUAGCUGUUUUCUGGCUGGUUCCACUGGUGGUCCUUGUCCCCAAGCUCCUGUUGGACCCUCCCUACAGCAGACAGCAAUCCAGGACAUUCUUCUGCCCUUGGGGCCCUUGGCAAGCUCCCCAAGUACAUGGGAAGUUCCAGACUCCCCAGUCCUGGCAAAGGAGGGGUUCAUAACUUUCCACAAUCCGCGUGAGUCCCCGCUGGCCCGUUACUGUCGGUCUAGGAGGGACAAGCAGCUGAGCCUCCCUGGGGGCACCGGGGCAGGCUUAUGUCCUGGG